AUGAAUAGUUUAAAGAGUCAUAUGAAAACACAUUCGGACUCUAAAACUCAUGUUUGUGAUGAAUGUGGUAAAGAGUUUAGUCGUCUUGGUAGUUUACAGAUUCACAUGAGAACACAUACCGGUGAACAACCUCAUGAAUGUGAGGUAUGCGGUAAAGGGUUUAGUCGUACUGAUUAUUUACAGAGGCACAUAAGAACACAUACAGGCGAACAACCUCAUGAAUGUGAUUUAUGUGGUAAAGGUUUUAGUGAGCGUGAUACAUCUUAUAACUGUGACGAAUGUGGUAGGGACUUUACUCGGAUGAAUAGUUUAAAGAGUCAUAUGAAAACACAUUCGGACUCUAAAACUCAUGUUUGUGAUGAAUGUGGUAAAGAGUUUAGUCGUCUUGGUAGUUUACAGAUUCACAUGAGAACACAUACCGGUGAACAACCUCAUGAAUGUGAGGUAUGCGGUAAAGGGUUUAGUCGUACUGAUUAUUUACAGAGGCACAUAAGAACACAUACAGGCGAACAACCUCAUGAAUGUGAUUUAUGUGGUAAAGGUUUUAGUGAUACAUCUUAUAACUGUGACGAAUGUGGUAGGGACUUUACUCGGAUGAAUAGUUUAAAGAGUCAUAUGAAAACACAUUCGGACUCUAAAACUCAUGUUUGUGAUGAAUGUGGUAAAGAGUUUAGUCGUCUUGGUAGUUUACAGAUUCACAUGAGAACACAUACCGGUGAACAACCUCAUGAAUGUGAGGUAUGCGGUAAAGGGUUUAGUCGUACUGAUUAUUUACAGAGGCACAUAAGAACACAUACAGGCGAACAACCUCAUGAAUGUGAUUUAUGUGGUAAAGGUUUUAGUGAGCGUCGUUAUUUUCAGAGUCACAUGAAGCAAUCAUAG